ACCUUCCCACCCGACGUCUACGAGCACCCUUUGCGUGCAUUAUGCUCGAACCGCAACCAGAUUGCCAUCGAUAGAACCGCGACAAGCAUUCAUCAGCUUUUUGACACUCGGACCAACAUGGGCGACGACGAAGCCAUGACGACCCAGCUGGGUUCAAAGGCUCUGAACAACGACUCGUCUCCAAAGAAGGUCGCCUACUUUUACGAUUCGGACAUUGGCAACUAUGCCUACGUCACGGGCCAUCCCAUGAAGCCGCACAGAAUCCGUCUCGCGCACAGCCUAAUUAUGCAGUAUGACUUGUAUCAGAAGAUGGAAAUUUACCGCGCGAAGCCUGCCACGCGCGGAGAGAUGACACAGUUUCACACGGACGACUACAUUGACUUUUUGCAAAAAGUCACGCCCGACAAUAUGGAUAGCUACAUGCGGGAGCAAGGAAAAUACAAUGUUGGCGACGACUGCCCGGUGUUUGAUGGCCUUUUCGAGUUCUGCGGUAUCAGCGCUGGUGGCAGCAUGGAGGGAGCAGCGCGGUUGAACCGCCAGAAAUGCGACAUUGCGGUCAAUUGGGCGGGUGGCCUUCACCAUGCGAAGAAGUCAGAGGCAAGUGGCUUCUGCUACGUCAACGACAUUGUCCUCGGCAUUCUCGAGCUCUUGCGAUUCAAGAAGCGCGUUUUGUACAUUGACAUUGACGUGCAUCACGGCGACGGCGUGGAGGAAGCUUUCUAUACGACCGAUCGCGUGAUGACGGUCUCCUUCCACAAAUACGGCGAAUACUUCCCGGGAACGGGCGAGCUCCGUGAUAUCGGAAUCGGACAAGGCAAAAACUACUCGGUCAACUACCCACUACGCGACGGCAUCACGGACGAAUCGUACAAAUCUAUCUUCGAGCCUGUGAUCGAUGCGGUCAUGAACUAUUAUCAGCCCGAAGCUGUUGUCCUUCAGUGUGGUGGAGACAGUCUCUCGGGAGAUCGGCUGGGCUGCUUCAAUCUGAGCAUGGACGGCCACGCUAACUGUGUGAGCUUCGUCAAAAGCUACAAUCUACCAACUCUGGUGCUCGGCGGCGGUGGCUACACCAUGCGCAACGUUGCCCGUACCUGGGCUUUUGAGACUGGCGUACUUGUUGGCGCCAACAUGCAACGAACAUUACCGUACAAUGAGUAUUACGAGUAUUACGCUCCUGAUUUUGAGCUAAACGUCCGAUCCUCCAAUAUGGAGAACUCGAACAGUCGCGAAUACCUUGAAAAAAUAACAGCACAAGUUAUCGACAAUCUGCGCCAGACUGGACCUGCUCCGUCCGUGCAGUUGCAAGACGUCCCACGGAAACCGUUUGGUGGCAUGACCGACGAAGAGGAAGCAGAGCUGGACGAUUUGGACGAGGACGAGAACAAGGACGUCCGCAUGUCAGAAAGACAGUGGGACAAGCAUAUCGAGAAUGGCGCGGAGUUCGAGGCGAGCGACGAUGACGAGCACGCCAGGGCCAAUGGCGCUACGCGAUCCACUGAGAAGAAGCGACCGUUUGACGAUCACCGCGAAGCAAACGGAGACGGUGUGAACGGCAAGCGGUCGAGGAGUGCCAAUCAGGAUGAUGAGCGAGCUGAGCAGCCGCCUGCAGACGAGGUCAACGAGCCCAACGACCCCAACGAUGAUACCAUCGACGAUGUGGCCAUGCCAGAAUGCCCAGUCGAGGAGCCUGAGACAGAACCAGCGCAAAAGUCAGAGGAGCCUCGAGAGAACGCAAACGACACCAAAGAGGCCACGCAAGUCGACCAAGAUGGUGACGUUGGCAUGGACGACGGGGCGCCUGCAGAGGAAGCCGUCAUCAAGACAGAGGAAGGCGAGGCUGAGGCAGCCGCCGCGGCAACCGCAGACUCCGCUACCUCGGCCGAUGGCAAGCCAGAAGAAGCAGCUAAAGUCACAUCCGAAGCCAGGGAGGAGCCAGAAGCAGAGGCUAGCAAACCUGCAGAAAAGCCCGCGGAGACGGAGGAGGCAGCGGACUCUGCUAGUAAGGACGCGAUUGAGUCCAGUGCUAUGGAUGUCGACCCGGAACAACCGAAGACGGACGAGGACAAGGACAAGGGCGAUCAUCAGGAGCCCGCCAAGGAAACAAAGGAGCCUGAAGAUACAACGGCCGCCAGCUGAGACAUGUUAGAAUUGGCAUACAGCGUCCCGUCACUGCUUUGGUUUCUGGUUUUCGGUUUUACUUUCUCUCAAUGUUAUAUACUCCAGGGCUUGGGGUUCUUGCAUGGCUUGAACAUUACGAUGGGUAUGGGAGUUUGCGGCGCAAAAGGGAGGGGCACGCGAAGCCAGUAGGGAACGGUUGAGCUAGGCAUCUUGCAGUCAAUUAUUAAUCGUACUAUGGAGUCUCAGGAAUUGUACACCUAUCGCGGAUGGUAAACUUGGCGUGCAUUCCUACGGUGACAGCAAGCAGAUGCAGAGGUGAAUAGCCACGUAUGAUUUAAUGGCAUAUAUCACUAAGUACCAAGUGCACAAAAGCACAGGCUUAUUUACGGCCUCGUGCAGCUUUCAGACCUAAUAGUGCUUGCAGCCUAAUAGCUAUUCUCGAUAUUGGACCCAUCCCAACAGGGAUAUUGAUCAAGAAGACACAUUAUAACGCUAGCGACUUUGUCGAGAGAGAC